UUGUUGAUGAAGUUCAAUUUUAGCCUCAUCUAGAAUCUAGAUUGGUUUGGGGCAUGCAAGAUCCAUUCACGUCAUUGACCAUCAACAAAAACUCUUGCACUUGCCGUAAAAACAAAACCCUUGGCUAGGCCCCACCUGGACCCCACUCGCUUCGAGCGCGCUCGCUCCAACUCUCUCCGUCGAAGCUGUUGGCUCGGGGAAUCCGGGCAUGGAGUUGGCACCUGAGCCACUCUGGGAGCAAGGCUCCUUGACGGGCAUGGCUGAUGUGACAGUGGAACGUGUGGUGAGUGAGAAGGUCGAGACCAAUAUGCCAGAUGCUCCAGUGGCGGGCCCUGCACUCACCAGCAGCGGUUUUAGCGCGCCCGUGCCAGAGCAUGCUGAGGUGGAGGACUUCUCCUCCGAGCCGCUGGCUGAGCGGCUGCACGCACGUGACUUGGCACGCCGUUGCAGUGCCUACGCGGAGCUACAGGCCAAGAUGGAUGCCGGAAACGCGGACACGGAGCUUUGGGCCCUUUGUGGUGCCUCUGUCGACAUGGCCUUGGCCGAAAGCCUCCCCAAGGGCCAGGACGCCGCCUUGAACGCUGUGGCCGCCUACUUGAAGCACUGCCCCGGUCUUGAAGCUAAGACCGUGCUCCCCUGGGUCAGGAAGUUGACGGAGCACAAGGCCAUCGACAAGCCCAAGAUGCAGCAGCUGGCGCCUUCGGUGGUCCUUCUGAUCGCCGAGAUUGCGGAGUGCCCCGCUGUGUUGCAAGAGCUCACGAAUUGCCUCAAUGAGCUGGACGAUUCCAAGAAGAAGUCCACUGGGUUCUUAAAGAAGCAGAUCGCCUUCAUCAUCAAACUCAUCAGCCAGUUGCUGGGAGACUUUGGCAUCAAGAAGAUGCCACCGAAGCUGGGUUAUUUGAGCUUCGUCUUGAAGUACGUCUCCGAUAGCGACCGGGGCAUCCGCGAGGCAUGCUACAGCGUAGCCAUUGAGAUGGCGGCGUGGCUCGGAGACAUUGGCGAUUUGAUUUCUCCCAUGGACGAGCCACAGAAAAAGGAGGUGGCCAAGAGAUUGGAAGCUGCAGGAGGUGAACAGAAGUCGAAGCCCAUCCGCUGCUAUCGAGGCGACGCGGCAGCCCAACAUGGCGAUGGUGCCAGAUCAAGCUCCAAACCUGCGGAGAAAGCAGAUGAUCUCUUCGAGAAGGUGGACCCCUUCAAGAAGCUCCCCAAAGGUUGGUGUAUUAGCGCUGUGCCUUCCAUGGAGAAGUGGAAAGAGAAGCUACAACAUUUGCAGGUACUCAGUGGCGUGUUGGAGGGUCCGGCGGAGAGGCACCUGUUGGCGCCUCACGAGGGCUAUGGCGCUCUGGUGCCCACGAUCCAGCGGAUGCUGAAGAG